CAACCCUCUUUCCAUUCACUCUACUCUCCUCUAUGUACUCCGUGAUUAUUGCCGGGGGAGGUCCCGUCGGCCUCUUCCUCGCCGGCGAACUGGCCCUGCAGAAGAUCUCAGUCCUCGUCCUCGAACGCGAUCCCCCAGCCGUCAAAGGAGGGCAAAAGACAAGCAUGAAAGAUGGCCCUCUCGGUCGACGCGGUCUGUUCAAACCGGCCAUCGAAGCGUUCUACCGACGCGGCAUCCUCUCCGAAAUACUCUUCCCGACCUCGUCUAGCGGAAAAGAACGUGCAAAUUAUAUCGAGAAAGGGGCCGGGUUCACCUUUGGCGGCCAUUUCGCCGGCUUCCCCGUCAACGCCAACCAGGUGGACUUUUCCGUCUUCCCUCACCAUCGGGCUGGGCCGAGUUUCAUGCCCGGCGUGACUACUCUGGGCAGGAUGGAAGCUGUGCUGGCUGCGAGGGCGGAAGCGCUGGGCGUGACUAUCUUACGGGGGAAGACUGUGUGCGAGGUGUCGUGUGAGGAGGACCGAGUGAGAGUCUACACCCACGACCAAGACAAGGGAAAAGAGGCGUAUACAGCGUCGUAUCUUGUUGGCUGCGACGGCGGUCGGUCUACCGUUCGGAAAGCCUGCGGGUUCGAUUUCCAAGGCACACCCGGCGAGAUAACGGGGUACGCCGGGAUCUGCGAGGUGAACGAUCCCACCGGGGCAAUGAAGGAAGGGUUCAUGCGUACAGAGAAGGGAAUGUACAUCUUCAACAAGGGGCAGGGGAUGCUCCACCUCGUCGACUUUGAGCCCUUCAACCGCACGGCAAACACGGUCAUCACCCUGGCGCAUUUCGAGUCUGUUCUGCAUCGCGUGGUGGGAACAAAAACCCUUACCCUCAAGUCUCUCCACCAGGCUACCUCCUUCACAGACCGCGCAAUGCAAGCCACGCAGUAUCGACGAGGGAAUGUCUUUCUCGCAGGGGACAGUGCGCAUAUCCAUUCUCCGCUGGGCGCGCAGGGGUUGACUCUUGGGAUCGCCGAUGCUAUCAAUCUAGGCUGGAAACUUGCACGCGCUGUCACCUCCCCAUCUACUACAGAUAGCCUGUUGGACACGUAUCAUGCAGAGCGGGCGCCAGAGGCAGCUGCCGUGCUGGAAUGGACGCGUGCCCAGGUCGUCACUCUUCGAAGUGAUCCGUACAGUCGGGCUGUCGGGCGUUUGAUCCAGGAUCUCAUCUCCACAGACCAGGGGGCGACGUACUUCCUCUCUCGCAUGUGGGGGAUCAACCAGCGAUAUGAUCUUGGACAUGGAAAUGCCGAUUCGCUGGUUGGACAGAGUGCGCCAGAUGUGAUUCUGAAGUCUGGUGGUCGCCUGGGAGAUGUGCUUUGUACAGGCGAGUCUGUGGUCGUGGCAGACACAGCUGUCGAAAUACCUGGGAUCAAGUGUUACCAGGCUGAUAUCCAUGGAAUGAUGCUGGUUAGACCAGAUGGCAUUGUAGCUUAUGCUGGGGGUGAUCUGGAUACUUUAAGAAGUUUAUUAAUACUCUGA